UUUUUUUUUUUUUUUUUUUUUUGGAGAGGCAGUAAUUUUAAACGGGUUGAGGGGCCAUCUAUUUUUUUUUUUUUUUUUUUUUUUUUUUUGCUUUAAAAAACGAUAUGCAUACCUCCAAUGACAGCAAUGCUGGGUUUUUCCCUCUUAGAUCAACACGAUAUCCUCCUGGCAUACCCAUUCAUUCUAUACGCUCGAAAAGAUUGUACUCUAAUCUCGCUGAUCAACAAGACUUUUUGAAACAUUUAAAAGCACAAUGGGUACAAAAACUCGAGGAUCUCAAGGAAGACGAGAAAUAUUUAAAGAGAAUGAAGAGGAUAAAAGUAAAUGAAACGCUGGGUGUUGCACCGCUAUUUACAAGAAAGGAAGAUCAACAUAUACAGACAGAUGAAGUACAGAUACCCGAACUACCAACACCUACAGAGGAGCUUCUAGCCGUGGAGCCUUUAGUUACGGACACUGCAGUGGAACCUGAAGUUGCAGACGAUGCAGUGAAGUCCCCCGUUUAUGCUACAGCGUACCCCACCCUACAACAACGGAGUGACACCACACAACAGAAUAACACUACACGACAGAAUAACACCACUUUAUCCGAUGCACAAGAUACACUGACCAACGAUGGUGAUGAUACAGAUGAUUGUCAUCACAGCACUCAAUCAGUCGAGAAGGAACCAGGACCGAUCCAUACAUUUUCAGAACUAGAAUCUAUAUUUAAACGUCGAUUCGCAGACGAAUUAGAGGAAGAAGAAAGGGGACACGAUGAAGAGGAAGAAGAUGAUGAAGAAGCUAGAGCUGCAUUAAAUUUAAUGUUACAAGAAUUUGGUGAUGAUUUGUAAUAAAAAAAAA